UAAUGCACUGCGGUAAUCAGAGUGGUAUGGCUACUCUGUUACAGCAAAAAAGUUUCAUGAAAACCGUAACCAACGUAGUGGUAAAUGGAACUGACAAUGGCCAGGCCGGGGCAAGCGCAACAAUUGUCGCCUCGUCCACCGUCUCAGCAGCAGCAGCAGCAGCGGUACCGAACGGAGGAACGGUGGCAUCUGCCAAUCAUCCGGCACAAACGUUUCUUCCGGUUACGGCGAAACCUGCAAACCACCAGCAGCAGAUGCAUCACCACCAACCACCGGCACUGAUUGCGGUGUCAUCCACGGUACCGCCGCUCUCCGCUGCCGGUCUCUCCUCUAGUUCCACUUCCGCCGCCACUACCACCACCACCAUCAUUAACGCUAAUAGCACGCAGCAGCUUCACAAACAUCCUCCGCUACUGCAGCAAAUAUUUAUUCAAAAAAAUCAUCAAACAUCGAUGGGCGGCGGCGGCGUUGGUCAAACGACGGGCCUUAUUCUGGUGCCGGCCACUAUGGAAGCAUCGGCAUCCGGGACGUCGUUUGCCGGGCGCACGUUCGCGGGGCGCACCAUACUCCGUGCCCCUGGCGGCGCCACUACCAUCAGCUUAGCUUCCGUUGCUCAGGUGCCGUCGCAGAUCGACGGCAGCUUCCGGCAGCAGCAUAUCAUGAAUGCCACCACCACUGGCAGCACACACCCAAUAAGUGAUGUCCUUACCACGACAACGACUGCAACACCUUCGUGCCCGGUCAACAAUACCGUUGUUGCACUGCAAACUGUGAAUGGCGGCAUUCAUUCACAGCAGCAGCAGCAGCCCCAGCAAAGUGGCGAUGGAUUCGGGAGUUCGUCGAUGAUGCCACCAGUUUCGCACGCACCGACCCAUCAGCAACAGUCACCUUCCACCUGCGCGGCGGCGGGCACACCGGUAGCGGACAACACAACACGUGAGGCCACCACCGUUGCCACAGUGGCCGGCGACUCGCAAGAUACCAAAGAAACGAUCCCGGACGAGGGCGAGCAGGAGGCCGAACCGGAGAUCGACAUCGUGAUCAAUAACGUCGUCUGCUCGUUCAGCGUCCGCUGUCAUCUCAAUCUGCGGGACAUUGCCAUGAACGGGUACAAUGUGGAGUUUCGCCGCGAGAACGGCAUGAUGACGAUGAAGCUCCGGCGCCCGUACACGACCGCUUCGAUCUGGUCGUCCGGCAAAAUCACCUGCACCGGUGCAACGUCGGAGGAUCAGGCCAAGGUUGCGGCCCGUCGGUACUCACGUUGCCUUCAGACCCUCGGCUAUAACGUGCGUUUGAGAAACUUUCGCAUCGUCAACGUGCUCGGCACCUGCAGUAUGCCGUGGGGCAUCAUGAUCGUGAACUUCUCUGAACGGUACCGCAAGGAAGCGAGCUACGAACCGGAACUGCACCCGGGCGUCACGUACAAGCUGCUGAAACCGAAAGCCACGCUGAAAAUAUUCUCGACCGGAAGCAUUACCGUCACCGCGGCAAGCGUGGCGUUCGUACAGGAAGCCAUCGAGCAUAUCUAUCCGCGGGUGUACGAGUUUCGCAAGAAACGCACGCCACUGGAGAAGCAGGAGUUGCUUAAGCCGCCAGUCUUCGAUGUGCAAGACACCGAUCAGUUGAUCGAGGAGGACGCCGGUGGCGACAUCGAAAUGCUCGACGCGAUGGAUGGUACCGAAGCGGCCGAAGAUAGCAGCGGCGAUACUGUACCCAACAAGUACAGCACCAAAGCAAUACAGAAGAGCAGCAGUUCACGCGUCAACAGCGGACUAGAGCGGCAACGGAUCCGUCGGCAUCGUCCGCCCGGUCGCGAAGCAAUGUACAGCGAUCCGAUGACGGAUGACGAUGACGAUGAUGCUAACGUUAGCGAAAUUUGAGCAUUAGACUGCCCGAGAUACAACACACUACACUGUGCGACUGUGAGUUAACGUAACGGCGCGGGUCCCAACAAGCGCGCGGGGGAUGGUGAUGUUUGCCGCGCCCCCAAUUUCUUUUCGUGGGAUCACUCACACAGAUCGUAUCGAUCUGAACACCACAAACACACCCAACACACAAAAAGGAUAACAGUAAAACCUACAGCAAUAACAGGGCCGUCAAACGCCCAAUAUCCCCGGGGGGGCCGCCGGGGGCCCCCGGGCCAAACGUAAAACGCUGGGAGUGGGAUCCGCCUUCUCCCGUGACCACAGCCACUGACCAAGAAUUCAUAGUUUCAAUAUCAUCAUCGUCUACGCCGGACGCCGGAAGCUCUAAUAAUAACCCGAUGCUCCAUCCACCCGCCGCCGCCGGGUGGUGGUGACGGGAUGGACUGUUUUGAUGCAAAAGUUUUCGGUUUUUUUAGUGCAUGCCGUUUUUCUUUUUUCUAGUUUCGAAAUCAUGGAAU